CGCGGGUGCUUCAUGGCACGAGCGUGGGCGGUGCCGGCUGCUGUGGGUGACCGAGACGCGGCUGGGGCCUCGGCGGCUCUGUGCAGAACUACAUACUUGUGUUUUAACUUGGGAGAGAGGAAGGAAAAGAAAGUGACAAACAGAGGAGAGAUACCACAGUACCGCCCCACCAUCCAUCAUUCUCCUAUGUCAUAGCAGUGUUCCAACCCAGAGCAUCAUACAUAGAAAGUUAAAAAAGAUGAGUCGUGGAUAUUCAGAAAAUAACAAUAUCCUCAACAAUAACAGCCAAAUGGUGUUGGACAUGAUCCUUUAUCCAUUAAUUGGAAUCCAUCAAACCAUUAACUGGGAAAGUGUGGCAAGACUUGUGCCUGGAUUAACACCCAAAGAGUGUGCAAAAAGGUUUGAUGAACUGAAAAGCAGUGGAAACUCACCUGUUGAUAACCAGUAUAAUCCCCUAAUGGCUUCUGGAGAGAGUCCUGUUGAAACGUUAGCUAUGUAUAUCAAAUCCUCGCUUCUUGAUGCACAGAGUGAAUUUCAGGAGACCCCAGUUGGUCCAGAUGUAGUUUCCAAAACAGGAAGACAUAGUAUAGCUUCCACAAGGAAUUGUUCUUCAGAGAGUGAAAAUUGUACUACUCGUAAUGGUGGAGAAAAGACUGAAGAAUCUGAAGGGCCAAACAUGGUGAUCCAUGUAUGUGAUGAAGCAAAAAACUUGAAAGAAGAUUUUAUUUGCCCACGAGAUCUUUUGAUAUCAGAAAUGAAGUACUUUGCUGAAUACUUAUCUAUGGAUGCCCAGCGCUGGGAAGAGGUGGACAUUUCAGUCCAUUGUGAUGUUCACAUUUUCAACUGGUUGAUAAAGUAUGUUAAGAGGAACACUAAGGAGACUAAAGAUUGUGAGAUGCCCACAUUAGAGCCAGGAAAUGUCAUUUCAAUUCUUAUUUCUUCAGAGUUUUUGAAAAUGGAUUCAUUGGUUGAACAGUGUAUUCAGUAUUGCCACAAGAAUAUGAAUGCAAUAGUAGCUACCCCAUGCAACAUGAAUUGUAUUAAUGCAAAUCUUCUUACACGUAUUGCUGAUCUGUUUACACACAAUGAAGUCGACGAACUAAAGGACAAGAAAGAUAAGUUUAGGAGUAAACUUUUUUGUAAGAAGAUUGAAAGACUAUUUGAUCCUGAGUACUUAAAUCCAGAUUCUCGGAAUAAUGCAGCAACGCUAUACAGAUGCUGUUUGUGUAAGAAACUUUUAACAAAAGAAACAGAAAGAAGAAUUUCUUGCAUUCCUGGAAAAAUCAAUGUGGAUAGACAUGGAAAUAUUAUCUAUAGUCACAUAAGAGAUAAAGCAUGGGAUGUUCAUGAGUAUUUGAAUAGUCUUUUCGAAGAAUUAAAAUCAUGGAGAGAUGUUUAUUGGCGCUUAUGGGGAAUAGUAAACUGGAUGACUUGUUCAAGAUGUUAUCAGGCUUUUCGAUGUAUAGAAUUUUCACACUGUCAAUAUCACUCAGAAACAGUGGUUUAUCCUAACACUUCAAAUUCACUAAACGCUGUUGGCACUGGAGUUUACCCCUGCUGUAACCAAAAGGUUCUUCGGUUUGACCCUACUCAGCUUGUAAAGGGCUGUAAAGUGAGAGACCACAUGAUCUCUCUUCAUGAUGAAGGUGAAGGUGAAGAUUUGUUAUCCUGUCCAACUUCCAGAAUACUAGAUGAUCUGCAGAAGCACAAAGAUGUCAUUGUUGUGCCUUUUUUAAAAGAUGCAGUCAGUGAUUCUGGAACUGGUUAUAAUGAUGAAAAAAGUCUAGAAUGUGAUGUGUUACUGGAGCCAAAUACACCAUGGGGCCCCAAAAGUGGGGAGCUCAAUGCUUUCUUGUCACUGAAAAACUGGACUCUGCAACUAAAGCAGCAGUCAUUAUUUUCAGAAGAAGAAGAAUAUACCACUGGAUCUGAGGUCACUGAAGAUGAAGUUGGAGAUGAAGAAGAAGUAUCCAAAAAACAAAGGAAAAAGGAAAAGCCAAAGAAGUUCACCAAACAACCCAAAAAGCAAGUCUCUUCACCUUGUUGUGGUCAAAAGAAAGAAAAGACAUUGGAGAAGGAAGGGAUAAAAAGUCAGUCAACUUCUAGAGAUAUGUCUCCCUUCAUUGUGAGUAUACAGAAGAAUAAGUGGGAUGCCUCAAGAUCCUUAAGAUUUAAUCAGGAUGCACAAAGAGAAGAUGAUCAGCGACGGAUGUCUGAAAUUACAGGGCAUUUAAUAAAGAUGAGAUUAGGUGAUCUGGACCGUGUCAAGUCAAAGGAAGCAAAAGAAUUUGCUGGAGGUAUUUAUUCCAGGCUUGAAGCACAAAUUAAGGCCUCUGUGACAGUCAACGCAAGGCAAAACAGCUCAGAGAAAAACACAAGGUCUAAGAAUCGUUUUGGUCAAGGACGCCCUGUAUAAAGCACCUCAAAGUUUACAUUUAAAAAGACAGAAGACACGCUUUUGGACAUCUGGAAUUGCUUACUUCUUUGAAGAUCUUUAGAGUGAUGAAUUCUAAUUGUUUUAAGUUAUUUAUUUGAUAUUCUUGAAAACCACAUAAAUUAUAAUGCUAAGGGAAAUAUAGAGUUGUGUCUUAUGAAAUCUAAUUAUUAAUAUUAAACUUCUUAAAUCUAGUUUUCCUUUAGUGUCAAUCUGAGCUAUGUAGAAAAUUAGUAUUUAUAAAUUUGCAUAAUUAAGAUUCCUACUGUUUGUUGUCUCUAAUUUAUUUCUUUUAAAGAGAAAAAAUCGAAACUCCCAAGUAGCUAAGACUUUUUACCUGAAAAAAAAUUAGAGGAACACACCUUGUAGUGAUACUGUGCAUGUGCUCUGGUUGCACAGUGGCUUAGGCUGUGAGGCUGUAAGGGAUAGCAUUAAGAGCUGCAGUUUGUUUGAUGAAAUUCCAGGUGAUGCUGAUUUUAAGUUUGCAUGAAUGUUAUGAAGUAACAGGUCUCAAAACUGCAUUUUAAAGUUUUAAGAUGAAACAUUUCCUGUACUGGGUAGAAGAAGAGUUAAUUUUUUCAGCAUUAUUUCACUGAAAGCACAAUUUUAGACCUUUUUUUUUUAAAAAAAAAAUUAUAUUUAUGAGAGAACUAGAGUAUCACUGUGCCACAUAAGAUGCCAGAGAUGAUUCAACUUGAGACCUCAUGCUUGAGAGUUCAACACUUUACCCACUGUGCCACCUCCCAGACCUCUCUCUCUCUCUCUCUCUUUUUCUUCUCCUUUUUAAUGCUUAUCUAUUAAUGAUCUAAGCUGGAAUUAUUGGUUAUUUCCUCUUUCUUCUGUAGUACUAUUCUGAAUUUCUUAAAAUAACCAUUAAUAAUUUUAGGACAGUAAAUCAUUUCAGUUGUAUGAGACACCCAGAACCAUAUUUCUGUAGCUGUUCAAAUAGCCUGUUAAAGCAGUUAUAAUUACCUGCUAGCUUAGUGACUACAGAAAGAAAAUUUCCCAAGAAUAUUUGAUGAGAGAGACUUACAUAAUUCAAGAGAAAUAAAAAUAAAAGCCUACAGACCAUGUUUUAAUUUUUCUAACCAAGUAGAAAGAAUACUCAGGGAAUAUGUGUUUCAAACCAAUAAGCAUAUAUGUUUGAAAUGACUUGUAGUAUAGGUCUCUGAAAAUUUUAAGAUGGACCAUUUGUAGAUUCAGUCUUCAUUUACCUUAUAGCUAAAAUUUCUUCAAAUUAUUUAGAGACCAUACUUUGAAAAUAUGUGACAAAAAGACAAUUUCUACUGAAAUAUUGAGGUAUUACACUCAGUUUACAUGUACAGAAAUUAUUUUUAGUGAGUGUUUUAGUUAAUAAGUGAAGUCAGAUUUACUUGAAAUUGUAUGUAUGACUUUGCCAAGGUUUUUGAACUUCUGUUUGGAAACUUCAUGCCAGUUUAUGUAUUUUUCAGUUGCUUGAUAUUUUUUAAAUACAUGGGUUUUUACUUUCAAAAGAAAAUGUUUUGUAGUAUAAUUUCUAUAUGCCCUGUUAAAUGUCAGCCUUCUUACAGUUAUGUUCUCAGAUGAAAAGGAUUUAGGCUUGUACAUGUUUUGUAUGUGUCACAAUAAGAAAAGUAAAAUAUGCUCUCUUGAUUUUUAUCUGAUGGUAACAAAGCAAAUUGCCUAUUCCCUUGGGAGUAUUAUACCACUGAAGUGAUUUUCACAAAUCAGAAUUUUAUUCUCUUCAGAAUGGUUUCUUUAUUUUGUUAAUGCCUACAAUGUGUCACACAGGUACCACAUACAUUUAAAUUACAUUCUCAGAAGCACUUCUUUUGUCAAAUACUUUGUGAUUUUAUCUUACAAAAAUGCUGAUUUCACAUUUCUUUAAUUAAAAUAAAUGUCAAUGCAAAAAUUG